AAAUAAAUGCCGAUUUUUCGUAAAAUAAAUUAAGAAAAAAUAUUCUUGAUUUUCGCAACUUGUGUUCGUUGUUGUGUUUAUGCUCGAAUAGUGUAUAUAAACAUGUCUAACGUUCCGUUGGUACGUAAGGCCAUCGUUGGGGCUUCUCUUGCCCACGCUGCGCCGUCAACUCAUCCCAACCCUACAGCGGGAGAGGCUCAGGAGAGUCACUGGACGCCGGCAGCUUUAGAAAGGGCCGGGUCUACCCUCAAAGCCUUGAAUCGUAUGGCGAAACGACCACCGGUACAUAUUUUCUUCGAAGAUCUCACGUAUACCGUCAGCUCACAUAAAGGAGAACGAAAGAUCCUUCACAAUGUAUCAGGAGAGUUUCGUUCGGGAGAGCUGACCUGCAUCCUAGGGCCAUCAGGCGCUGGCAAAUCUACACUACUGAACAUCUUAGCUGGUUAUAAUUCAAAUGGUGUGAACGGGAGAAUCAUGGUAAAUGGUCACUCUCGAGAUAUGAGGAUCUUCAAAAAGCUCAGUACAUACAUCAUGCAAGACGACCUCCUUCAACCCAGGCUCUCGGUACAGGAAGCCAUGAAGAUUGCAGCCAACCUGAAGCUGGGGAAAGAACUGGGGAAUGCUGAAAAGGAACUAAUUGUAGAAGAAAUUCUCCAAACCCUCGGACUCUGGAAUCACAGGGAUACUAUGACGGAAAAGCUAUCUGGAGGACAACUGAAAAGAUUAUCCAUCGCUUUGGAGCUGGUCAACAAUCCACCCGUCAUUUUCUUGGAUGAGCCCACUACAGGUCUCGACGUCGUGUCAAUUCGACAGCUCGUGGUACUUCUCCGCCUGCUGUCACGACAAGGCAGGAACAUAAUAUGUACCGUGCAUCAACCAUCGGCAUCCUUGUUUUCACUCUUUGACAGAAUAUACGUGUUGGCCAGAGGAAUGUGCUGUUAUCAAGGAUCACCAGAUAUGUUAGUACCAUAUAUGGCUGAAGCUGGCCAUAUUUGCCCUACAACUCACAACCCUGCAGACUUUGUGCUGGAAACCUUACUCGGAAAUUUAGAGUCAAUGGCUCAACUGUCGGAAUUAUGUCUAAAUGGGAAACUAUGUAAGAGGCCAAACAGAAUAAUGACGAGAGGUGGAAGGACACCCGUUCUCCAUUCAGACGAGUCUGUACAAAGAAUAUUUUCGGAGCACGUAACUAAGGAUCAGUCCUAUAAAGUUGAAUUUCCUACGUCUUUUUGGACACAAUUUAUCAUACUUACCUCAAGAAUGCUGGUACAAAAUAAAAGGAAUACGAUCUCCCAUUGGAUUCAGUUUUUCCACCACUUGCUCUCGGCUUUCCUUCUUGGCAGCAUCUUCUUUGACGUCGGCAACAACGCUGCGGUCCCCGUCGUCAACUUUAAGUUCUGUCUCAGCUGUCUUGUUUUCUUUAUGUAUACGUACAUCAUGAUUCCUGUCCUUAUAUUUCCCUUGCAAGUGCGUUUACUUCGGAGGGAAUAUUUCAAUCGCUGGUACAGUUUGAAAGCCUUUUACGCUGCCCUAACAGUAUCCAGUAUUCCAAGUAUGGUAAUACUUGCUUUCAUAUUCCUGGUGAUCACAUACUUCAUGUCUGGACAGAGCUUGGAGUGGGAUAGAUUUUUCCUUUUCUCAUUUUGCGCUAUCCUAAUAGCCAUGUGUUCCGAAGGCCUGGGGCUGGCUGUUGGCUCAGCUUUUAGUGUUACUAAUGGCUCCAUCAUAGGACCAGCUACGGCAGCACCACUUUUAGCCCUUGCUUGCUACGGAAUGGGCUUCGGACCCUUCAUUGAAACCUUCAUGAAGUACCUCAUGUCCGCCUCAUUCCUUCGUUAUGGUGUCACUGGAUUCGCCGUAGCCCUCUACCGAGACCGAAACGUUAUGGAGUGCGACCAAGACUUCUGCCUAUACUCAGAUCCUAAGCUCAUUUUAAGGGAUUUGGGAAUGGAAGAAGCUUCGUAUACUAUACAAAUCUUAGGCCUAAUAGUAUUUACUACGAUUCACAGGACCUUAGCGUAUCUAGCCUUAAGGUACCGCUUAACAACUGAAUUUUCAAAUAAAUUCAUGACGUAUAUUAGCAAAUUUUUAAAACAUAGAUAAGGUUAUGUUUGUAAAUAAAAAUUAUGUGUGAUUUAAUUUAGAUGAAAUUAAUUUCAAUGCCUGAACAACAUAUUUAUAGAGAACAAUUUAGUUUAAUUCUUCUUCUGAUUUUUGCCAAAUUAUGGUUGAAUUUGAAGUGCAUGGAUAGAACACAUUAACGAUGUGUGGAGAGAUAUAUAAAGUUCAUAAAUAAUUGACUAAAUUGACUAGCUUACCUCAGAGUGUAUAUUUAAAUGAUAUCUGUGAUAGUUAAGAUAAAGUUAAUGGGAUUACAUUGUUUAAGGGCAGUUCAAUUAAUUGUAGUCAUUUACUGAAAGAAGAUUUUCUUACUAUGAAUCACUUGGAAUGUGUAUUUAGCACAUGUAGCAAAAUUUAUGCCUCAAUUUUAUAUUUUACACUAUUUGUUUAAAGUCACCUCUAAGAAGUAAUUCUACUGUUUUAUAUGAUCAUGAAUUUAUUAUCAUUUAGUCUUAGCUAGGAAAGGGUAAUAGAAAUAAAGGUUUUAUAAAUUUAA